AUGCUCACGUCGGCUCGUCGGCUGGGGGUCCGCCGUGCCCUGGCAUUGCGUGCUGCCGCUGGACAUGGCCAGCCCAUGAGGAGGCAAUCCUUCGGCUACGGCGACCCCUUUCCACCGAACGCGCCGGGCGUUGGAGGCGAUCACCAGUUGCACCCUCCGGAGACGGUGCAGCACACUGUCAAGUACAUCUCUGAAAACAUGACCAAUCUCCCGAAGUACAAGGAAAUCAUUGAGGGCAUUGGCUAUCCGGGACAGAAGCAUUCGGCUGGAGGCCUAUGCACCCUCGGCCGGAUUUACUACGGCCCUGGACGUACCCAUCUUACAUGUAGCAAGAUGGUUCGUGACCGUGGCUCCCAUUCAAGAGCUGUCUGA